AAAAUUCUCUAGGAGAUGUUUCUGUUUCAAAGCAGAAAACACAAUAUGAUGAUGAUCGACCAAUAUCUUACCGCCCAUCACAAAAAUUUUUUCGGAGAAAAUUCAAAGCUUCCUGAAUCAAAAUGCGUGCGGAUAUUCAAUGCUUACGUGGAUUGGCUAUACUUUUUGUGUUUACUUACCAUUUAUAUCCUUCAGUUUUUCCAAAUGGUUACCUUGGAGUUGACAUAUUCUUUGUGAUCUCCGGCUUCCUGAUGGCUCGAAACCUUACCCACGUGAAAAUUACCAAAAUUUCUCAAAUUUUCGGAUUCUACUAUCGCAGAUUUCGUCGAAUCCUGCCACUUUACUAUUUAUCGAUUGUCGUGACCCUAGUCUCCGCCCAUUUUUGGCUCCGCGAGUUUUGGUGGGAUGUCAAUCGGCGAUAUUCGUUAGCUGCAACAUUUUUAGUCACUAAUCAGUUGCUGAUCCAAGAUUUGAAUGACUAUUUUCAGCAGUACCUCGCCGACGGCACCUCCAUCAACACUUUCAUCCAUACUUGGUCCCUGGGCGUUGAGAUGCAAUUCUACCUGCUUGUCCCUGUAAUCUUUAUAGGCUUACAAAUUGGACUGCCUAAUAGUCCACGUGGCAAGCUGGCACUAGUCUCCGGGAUCUCGAUUUUCGGAAUGUUGGGAUUUUUACUCAGCAAUUCAAAUUUUGCCUUCAAUUACAUGCUGCUAAGGUUAUGGCAAUUUUCCGCCGGAUUUGUGGCACUUUUUCUGAAAAAAUGUGCACCUACGGAACCUGUGAAAGAUUCUAAACCAGAAACGUGGAAAAUUCCCCAAAAUGAUGUUGCAUAUUGCCUGGUUGCCGUGCUAUUUCUGUGUAUUUUCCCAGCGGAGGCAGAUGCUGUUUGGCUCCGCCCACUUGUAACAUUUUCAGCUUCUGCGGUGAUUUUCUUGGAGAACAAGACUUGCGGGACCCUGAAAAGCUCAAUUUUGUGCUAUUUGGGAGAUAUUUCGUAUGUCAUGUAUUUGGUUCACUGGCCGGUUAUUGCAAUUUUCAAGGAAUCAACUAUUCAGAGUCAUGCAGUGUGUAUUGCACUGACACUUCUGAUUUCUGUAGUGGCUCAUCACCUUUACGAGAAACAGUACCUGAAGCUUGGCACAAAACCGACGGCUCUUCUGAUCCUACUGCUCAUUUGCCUAAACGGAGCAGCUCAAUGGAGCACUAGAACCCACGAAUUCUGGAAACCUAAAUAUCAGCCAAGAGUUCGAAAAAUUGUCGACGAGAAUAUGAAGCUUCUUCCCUAUAUUACGUCGUAUGAGCCCAGACAGGAAACUUGUCUGGAGACUGAGCUUCCCGAGCUGAGGAAGAAUGGGUUUAAAUUUGACUAUUGCAGAUAUCCGAAAGCUAAUGGUACUCUAUCAGUAAUGCUCGUUGGAAAUAGCUACGUGGAAAAUUUGGACGGACAUAUUCGAGCACAAUUUCGCUCAAACUAUUCGGAUUGGACAUCGCUUUUUAUUGGAGGCUGUAACGGGUUCUUCCACAACGGGAAUUUCUCAACACCGGCUGGAUAUUGGGAGCAACUAUCCCUGAAAAUUGCCAAGGAGCAGGUGGAACUUCGGAAACCGGAUGUUCUGUUUGUUAUAGCCAGAUAUUCUCCGUCGUUGAAACAACCUAUAUGGGAUAUUGAGACGGAUGAGGUUGUGGCGAUGAUGAAUAAGUAUUUGCGGUUUUAUGAGAGAUUCGCCAAGAAAAUCUACAUCCUGGCACCUCACCCGCUAUACCCUUUGAAUUUUAUGAACAAGUACCUCGAUACAGUAACCCAGAAGCCAGCGGAGCUGGAGAGCCUUCACUUGAAAAAAAUCGACGUGGAUGAGGAUUGGAGAACGGCUCGUGAACGUUUCAGUAGGAUAAAGUGCACAAAAUGCAAGGUUUUCAACCUCGGUGAGCUGUUUCUCGACGGCGACGUGUACCUGACAUUCGACAGGACUACAAAACUAUCAUACGUGGAUAAUCACAUACAUUUGACGGGUCCCGCAGUGGCAAAGUGUGAUAAAGUGUUCAAGGAGAUUGCUGAGGAAGUUUUGGAGACUGUUUGACUCAUUUUUUCAUUGUUAAUUUUUAAAAAAAUAAAUGUGUUUAUUUAA